AUGGCGGCCAAGAUUCGAGAAGAUAUUGAAAACAAACUUAGGAAAUCUAUUAAUCAUCCAAAGCUUCUUGUUGGUGAUACAGUUGAGGUAAGGAGCUUGGAGGAUGAAUUCUUAGGCUCCUGGCAUAGUGGGAUAGUAAUUUCUUGUGAAUCUCAAGCUAGAAUAAUUGAAUAUUAUUAUAUUUUGUGUGAUGAUGAUUCCGGAAAUAAAUUGAUUGAGCGUGUGGAGAUUACUCCUGCUAUCGAAGGGAAUUUUUCUGCUCCCUCGUCUUCAAAUAACUACAAAGGUUUGAUAAGGCCAUCGCCUCCUACUUCUGAUUUUGAUAUGUGGAAGCUAGAAUAUGGACAUUGUGUUGAUGUUUAUUACAUGGAUGCUUUUUGGGAAGGUGUGAUAUUUGAUCAUAAUGAUGGUUCAUUAGAGCGGUUAAUUAUAUUUCCAGAUAUUGGGAAUGAAAUGUCAGUGGGAAUUCGCAGUCUCCGAAUAUCUCAGGAUUGGGACGAGACCAGUGGUGAUUGGAAGACACGUGAAAAAUGGUUAUUUCUUGAAUUGGUAGAUGAAUUCAUUAAGGAAUGGUCUUUAAAUAUUUCUGUGUCUGAAAUAUGGUAUAAAGUUAGAACACAUGAGAGUUUUAUGAAUCUUAAGGGGUGGACAUCGACUAAAAGGGAUAAUUGGAAACAAGUCAUAUAUGAAGUUGUUUUUGAUUAUCAAUCCCUUACUUUGAAACAUGAAUUCCCGAUGCUUGAAUUUCCUAUGCUUGAUAUGCUUGAUUCUGAAGCUGUCAACAAACAAAAUGUUUCUGAUGUCAUUAAUCUAUUAGAUUUGGAUAUACGAAAAGAAGAACAUGAUGGAUUAGACAAAGCACAACUUUCUUUCGAUACUUUACCAAACAUUCAACCAAAGUCGAAAACACUUGAAGUAGUAAGCAAUGAUAGUUCUACACAGACUAAAGAAAAAAAGUAUAACAGGUGGUCUGUUGCAGGAACCGACAUUGUGCCAUUUCAUCAGUUUGAUCCGGAUGCAGUAUAUAGAUACUGUCACAAUAGUAAAGCUGAAGAAAAAAACUGGGGCGAUUUGAAAAUUAGAGUUAGGCAGCAUUUGGCUUCACUUGGAUGGAAGAUUGAGUUUCUAAGAGAAGGUGGAAAAGGAAUGAUUAGAAUGCGUUAUACUUCGCCUGAAGGAAAAGUUUUCAUGUCACUUGUUCUUGUCUGUAAAGCUCUGCUUGAAAAGGGUUUGCCACCAGUAAGUUCUCAUGAGCUUGAAAAGCGUUCGCAACCAGUAGGUUCUCAUUCUCCGGAUUCUAAGAAGUUACAGCAAAAACUCAAAAUAUCUAUAGUAAAUUCUUCCAAAGAUCAAAUGGUCUGUUAUGAGCCUGAAUAUAAUCAUGAAGCCUUGUUGGAGUAUGUUUCAAUUGGAGCUCAACAUAAAAACGAUGACCAUAGUUGGCCUAGAACGCCUCAUGUUAAAGAUAUUCAAUUGAAAGUCCAAAAGCAUCUUUCUUUUGUUGGAUGGAAAUUCUGGUACAUUGAUAAAAAGGGCAAAAGAGAAUUACGAUAUUGCUCACCGAAAGAGAAGGUAUAUAUGUCCCUUAUAACAGCAUGCAAGGAAUGCAUGAAUGAAGAAGUUUGUUCGCCAAAAAGCCUCUUAACAAAACAAGAAAACUUGUCUGAAUUGAAGGAGGUUGUUGAUCAACAUGAAAACACUCUAAAUGAAGAAAUUACCCAAUCUUCGAGAUCAAAAAAGGCAUUAGGAAAAAAUGAUUAUGGACAGGAAAAUCCUGCCACUUCUUGUUCUCCAAAUACUCGAACUGUAUUGUCUUGGUUAAUAGACAAUAAUGCGGUGUUGCCUGGGGAUAAAGUGUAUUAUAUUUCCAGAAAGGAUCGACGUAAGUUAGCUGAAGGAACAAUUACUCGAGAUGGAAUAACGUGUGAUUGUUGUGGACAAGUUUUUACGUUAACUAAAUUUGAGGCUCAUGCAGGCAGCACUAACCAUAGACCUGCUGCUAAUAUAUUUUUGGAGGAUGGAAGAUCUCUUUUAGACUGUCAAUCACAAUUUAAAAACCGCGAUAAAUUAAUGAACUCGAUGAAAAAGUCUAAAGAGACUAAAAGUGAUGAUAUUUCACAUGAUUAUAUAUGUUCUGUCUGUCGCCUUGGUGGAGAGAUAAUUAUGUGCGAUAAAUGCCCAUCCUCGUAUCAUAUUAGCUGUCUUGGUCUUAAAGAUAUUCCUCGUGGCAAUUGGCUUUGUCCGUCAUGUUGUUGUGGAUUUUGUGGGAGAAGUGAAUUUUCGAAAGAUGUUAACGAACGAAAAAAUGAUAGUUUUCUUCAUUGUAACCAGUGCCAACAUAAGUAUCAUAUGGAGUGCUUAAAGGAAAUGGCCCAUGCAAAUUCUGAAAAUGUCCCUGUGGAAAGUUGUUUUUGCAGUAAAAGAUGUGAAGAGAUAUUUUUGGGACUUGAAUUACAUUUGGGAAAAUGUAUUUCAUUGGGUGAAAAUUUAACAUGA